CUCAUCUCCAUCACGUUGAUAGAGAGAGACAUGGAGACCAAACAAAAAGCUGCCAUGUUUGUCGUCUUCAUCACUUGCUCUGCAAUUUUCGUCCUCUGUUCUCCGCCUUUAGCCGCCGCGAAAUGCACAAGAAACCCAGUUAUCUUCAACUUUGGCGACUCCAACUCUGACACCGGCGGCUUUCCCGCCGCGCACGGCUACAUUUUCAAUUACCCCUACGGUCGUACAUUCUUCCACCGACCUUUCGACCGACUUUGCGACGGACGUUUGAUUAUCGAUUUCCUGUGUGAAAACGUGAAGAUGGACUACUUGUCUUCAUAUUUAGAAUCUCUGACACCACCCUUCAAAAAUGGAGUUAAUUUUGCAGUAAGUGGCUCACAGACACUGCCUAAAUUAGUUCUUUUCAGUUUGAGCACUCAACUCCUUCAAUUCAGUCGUUUUCGCAACCGUUCUCUUGAAUUUCACUCAAAAGGGAUGAAAGGCAUGCUAGGAGAAGAGGAUUUUGAGAAUGCACUAUACAUGAUAGAUAUAGGACAGAAUGAUAUUUCGGAUGCCUUCUCCAACCUCUCUAAAGCUCAAGUAAUUGAAAAAAUUCCUUCUUUCAUUUUUGAAAUCAAAGAUGCUGUUAGGGCGAUAUACAAAGUUGGUGGGAGGAAAUUUUGGGUUCACAACACUGGGCCAGUGGGUUGUUUACCUCGGAGUCUUGCGACAACAAAAGUGGGGGAUCCUAGUACUGAUUUGGAGGAGAUUGGUUGUCUCAAGUCUCUUAAUGAAGCUGCACAAGAAUUCAAUGUUCAACUCAGUGAUCUUUGUGAAGAAUUAAGACGGGGAAUGAAGGAUGCUACCAUUGUGUAUGUGGAUAUCUACACCAUUAAGUACAACAUCAUCUCCAACUUUGCUCUCUACGGUUUUGAGAAUCCAUUAAUGGCAUGUUGCGGAGGUGGUGGUGCACCAUACAAUGCCAACAUAUCGUGUGGACAAAGCGGGUAUAGCGUUUGCGAGGAUGGGUCGAAGUAUAUAAACUGGGACGGAGUGCACUACACGGAGGAAGCAAAUGCAAUGGUGGCUGCCACUAUUCUAUCUACAAAUUAUUCGACUCCUCCACUGAAGUUCAACUACUUUUGCUCCUCUAAUUCCUAAUUGCGCCAUCAGAUCAACUUCGAUCCUAUGUAGUAGCAGGCCGCACAAGAAGAUCUUGUGUUACUGAAGGGUGUUGACAAAAAUUAAACAUGUUAAUUGUGAUUUUGGUCCAAUUCAA